AUGGCGAGUGCGGAGCGUGGCUGGAGCAGGGCCGCCCGGGGAGCUGCGCUGCGCCUCUGCCCGGCCCUGCGCGGGGACUGCGCGAGCGAAGAGGAAACUUUAGAAGAUCGCGGCACUGCCUCCUCUCGCCGCCGGCCCGGCCCCUCCCGGCCCCCUCUGUCCCCCGGCCGCGCCCCCGCCGCCCCGUCGGGUCUCGCCGCCCUCCCGGAGCGGGGGACUUCUCCGGGGUCACAUGGGGGGGGGGGGCGGCGGGGUGCUGAACCCUCACUCAGUGCAACACCCCCGCGGAAAAACGCGGGAGCCCAUUCUGCGCAUUUUUCAUCCUCAAAGGGGUUUCGGUUGUGUUUCUUCGGCAGCGGGACCCGAGUCGGGCAGAAAACACUCAGCAGAGAAAGUCUCUCUUUGCUGAGAGAUACUUGCAGAGAGGUGAAGGACUGCAAUGCCCCGGCUCUGCAAGUUCUCCCGCUGAGGGUUAAACACAGGAGAAAGAAACCCCACGCGGCACCGAAUGCCGGGACGGCAGCCUCGCAAAGACGGAGGUUUGGUGACAUUUCUUGGAAUAGAGUCCUUCCCCCGACCCAAGAUUUCAGAGCGACCUCAAAUCAGCAGGGAUUUCACCCGUCCCGGGGAACCGACGUGAGUCUGGGGGCUGUCCCCUGCGUGUCCACAGCGCUCCCGGGGAGGGCGGUCCCGGGCACGGCCGUCGGGGCUCCACGGGAGCUCUCCCCGGAGCUGUUUCCCUGCCCCACCUCCCGUGUGUCCCCCGUCUCCCGGCCGCCCUCAGAACCUCUCGCAGAGAGCACGGAUCCCAGGGAUGCCCCGAGAGCCCCCCGCGCCCCCAGCCUCCCUCCUCUGUCCGCCGGGGCUGUCUCUGCGCGCCCCGUCCUGGGGCUCUCAGCUGGAGAAGGACGGGGAGGGAGGGAGGGCAGGGGGAGGAGAGACGUUGCAGACAAACUGAGGCUGUUUUGCAGGCGCCAGGAGCGGGGAGAUGAAAGGGAAGCUCCUGGGGGAAGUGGCUGUGCAGUUUGA